CUGGUCUUCACCCUUUAAAUAAGCCCUAAUUCCGCACCCAAAUACUCUCUCCGUUCAAAUUAGCAAACACAAAAAGGCCAAGAGCUACUUCACAGUUCACUCCUCUCCAUCUUUUCCGGCGUCCGAAGCCACAGCCGACGACAAACUCUUCACGGCGGCGAGGUCAGGUCAGUGGAAGGGAUAGGCUUAUGGAAUUCGAUUUUUGGAGUUCAUAGCAUUGCUAAUUUACGAGUUGAAUAAUGAAAGACUUUUGAUAGGUAGCAUACUCAUGUAUUCUGUCGACAACGUCUUUGAGUUGUAUCAGAGUUUCGGAGAUGUCUGCUGGAACGCUUGAGUCUCUCGUGGGCCAGACGAUAUCGGUUAUCACAAAUGAUGGGCGUAUUAUAGUGGGAGUAUUGAGAGGUUUUGACCAGGCUACUAAUAUAAUUCUUGAUGAAUCUCAUGAGCGGGUGUAUUCCACGAAGAUAGGUGUUCAGCAACUCGUUUUGGGGCUCUAUAUCAUAAGGGGUGACAACAUAAGCGUUGUAGGUGAAGUGGAUGAAGAGCUUGAUGCAAGCUUGGAUUUAGAGAAACUGAAAGCUCACCCUUUGAAGCCUGUAGUACAUUGAACUUGUGCCAUUGAAGCUGCGAACUCUGCAUUGCGGUUCAUUAAUGAUUGCUACUUUUGUAUUUAGGCAAACCUUCGUUCCUGCUACUUGUGCUAAUAUUGUCCAUUAUUGAGUUAAUCUAAAUCUGGUAGCAUAUUAGAGGAUGUUGAGUAAGUUUGAAGAGGAUACUGUAUUAUGUAUGGUUUCGAGAGCUAUGAACUCAUUAUGCAUCACUUUAAGUUGAGGAAAAUUGGAGGUUGAUUUAUUGCUCCUUCAUUUGCUUCCACUUUGUUUUAGCAUUUUAUUCAAAGCUAACAAAGUUUUAGAAUAAUUUUUUUACAUCAUUUGGAC